AUGGUAGAGAUUUUGGAAAUAACUCAUAAUAGUUAUUUAGAUAGUUUGCAGGAUGAAAAAGAAUUUGAAACUGAAUAUAAUUCCGUUGAAGAAUACAGAGAAAAAGCUUUGAGAAUUCAAUUAAAAGCUAAACGUUCCUUAGAUAAUUUGAAAAAGAACUCGUGUGAAAAUGAAAUAGUUACGUCCGAAAAUAACCGCGAAUUACCGAACAAUAAAUCUCCGAAAGCUUUAUGUCAACGGCUCCCCGAAGUUGAAUUAUAUAAAUUCGGCGGAGACUUGAAAGAUUGGUUAACGUUUUGGAACCAAUUUAGAAAUAUUCAUGAAAAUGUUAAUUUAACGAAAGCUGAUAAAUUUCACUAUUUAAUUCAGUCGACAAAACUGAAAUCGGAAGCUAGGAAAAUUGUGGAAUCUUUUCCUGUAAUAGAUGAAAAUUAUCCUUUAGCUGUUGAAAGUUUAACUGAAAAGUAUGGCCGAAAGAUUUUUAUAUUAGAUAGAUUGAUAGAUUUUUAUGUUAGAGAACUCUUGAAACUCGUAUUAAAUAAUGCGAAUAAAAAUAAGAAUGAUUCUUUAAGUUGUUUAUGCAAUAAACUGUCAACUCAAUUGAGAGCAUUAAACUCACUAGGAGUUACAUCUGAGAUGUGUGGU